CAAGGAUGGAGAACGAAGGAGCCUCUACCGUCUGCCCUCUCGACCCUGGCAGUCCUCUGUUCCUCUCCGGCGAUGGCUUCGAGCCUGUCGGCGUUCUCUUUCCCCACGCCGUCUUCCACUUCCCUUCGAAGGAGAAAAAAGAAGCGUACGACUUUAUGGAUAAGGUCGUCGACAAGCAUCGCCGCCUAUGUGAUGAGAGGCAGCGGUUGGGCCUCAAGAAUGAAUCCGAGGUUGACGUCAAGAACGAGGGGUCCACCUCGAAUCCUGAACCAGCAGUGAAGGAGCCUGUUCCCGAGCCUCUUCCCUAA